CGCAGCCCGGCUCGGCUCGGCGCAGCCCGGCACCGCCCGCCGAGCCCCCCGCCUGCCUCCCGCCCACCCCCGCGCCGCCAUGGACGGGGGCGCCUUCGGAGCGGGGAAAGCCGGCGGCGCCUUCGACCCGCAGGCCUUCAUCCGGCAGCCGCAGACCAUCCUGCGGUUCGUCUCCUGGGUGUUCUCUAUCGUGGUGUUUGGCUCCAUUGUCAAUGAAGGGUACGUGAACCGCAUGGAUGAGUUAGAAGAGCACUGCAUUUUCAACCGCAAUCACAAUGCCUGCAACUAUGGCAUUACCGUGGGUGUCCUCGCCUUCCUCAGCUGCCUUCUUUACCUGGCUCUGGAUGCCUACUUCCCGCAGAUCAGCAGCGUCAAGGACCGCAAGAAGGCAGUGCUCUCGGACAUCGGAGUCUCAGCCUUUUGGGCAUUCCUCUGGUUCGUUGGCUUCUGCUUUCUAACCAACCAGUGGCAAGCUUCAAAACCAGAGGACAACCCACUGAAUGAGGGAGGAGAUGCAGCCCGAGCAGCCAUCACAUUCUCAUUCUUCUCCAUCUUUACCUGGGGCUUCCUGGCAUUUCUGGCUUUCCGGAGACUCAGAGACAUUAAUUUUCAGGAGGAAUACAAUACCCUGUUCCCUAACUCCCCAUCCUUGCUGCCUUAGUGCCCCUUGCUGAUGGGAGAAUUUGGGGGAAGGGGUGGAGGGAUGCAGCUGGAGGAGGUCACUGAGCAGAGCUGGUUCCAAUGCCCUGACUAUGAGUGUGUGGUCACUGCAGGGCAUGGGAUGGGAAGAUAUGGGCCAUUGGAUUGGUGUGAGGCUGUCCAUUGAACAGGGCAUCUCCCUCUGGAAGGUUGGAACUGGCAAUUUCUUCUCCUCUUCUGCUCCCUUCUCUCCCUCACCCGUACCUUAACUAAUGCUAUGUAACACCACUGUGCCUUUAUUUGAUGACUGCUCAGACUUAAUACUUCAGCCAGGAGAUGCCCUCUGCUCCCAUCGUUUUAUCUCUUCCAUUUCUUCCCAAACCUCAUUCCCCAAAAAUCUCUCCCCCAUCACCUGCUAGACUGCUCACCUCUCAGGGAUGCUCUGGGACAAUGAGCCAUGCCUGCUGAACCCUGUGCCACCCUGCUCCCCCAGUCCACCAAAAGGUUCCCUGCCUGCAGUGCCUGAGGCAGGAGACAGCAGUUUACUUGCGAACUGUCCCCUGGUUUGGGAAGCAGCUGCCUUGCUUCCUGCUGCUCCUUCCCAAGGUCUGUGCUACAUCUUGCAGAUGUUGACUGAUGAAAGUGUUUCAGGGGGUAACCUCUACCUCAGUACUUGGUGUCAAGUCCUGCUCUCCUUACUGGCCUUUACAAGUUAAAUGGCCUGGUACACACAGCCCAGCAGGUGAGCCCUCUGGUGUUGCUGAGGCAGAUUGCCUUCCCACAGCCAGGAGGGGUUGACUGGGAUAACCACGUGCCAACUGAGCCUCCGCGACCCGUGCGAUGUUGGUGAAACUCCAUCGGCAGACAGGGGGGUGCCCUGAACAUCCCAGAGAAAGCAGGGAGCCUUGGCAGGCUGCACACAGCCAGCUGGUCUUGCAGCCAUCCUUGCCCAGUUCUCUUCUCUCCUUGUGGGCUCGUGCUUUCUGUGGGAGAGUGUGGACUUCCAUGCUCUUGGGGCAUUUCACCAGCAAUCUGCCAGGUGGGCCUUGCACACUAAUCCAUAACCACUACUAACACCACUUUUGUUUGUUUCUCUCUUCCGGUACGUUCCUCCUCUUUUUCCUCUUCCCUUCCCUCUGUGCUUCCCAUCUCCUCCCUUCACCUCCUCCCUUAAAGGUGGGCCAGGCAUUCCUGGCAUAUCAGCGUUUCCAGCUGGGUGCCGAUUCGGCCCUCUUCUCCCAGGACUACAUGGACCCAAGCCAG